ACAGCAUCUAGUGUCCGCUGCAAUACACUUUGUGCUGUGAAGCCAUGGCAAUGAAGUUGGUUUGUUGUUGUUUUCUAGCAGUUGCCCUGUUUGGCUGUCUGGCUAAGGCUCAGUUUUCCAAGGAACCUCAGCUUCCUCAGCUUCCGCAAUACAAAAAUCCACCUCCACAACCACCUCAGCGGCCUCAAAAGCCAGAUAAUCCCCCAAAAUAUCCCCCACCUAGGGAUCCUCAGCGGCCCCAGACUCCAAGUAAUCCUCAGCCUCCCCAGCCUCCCCAGAAGCCUCAUCUUCCCAAGGAACCUCAGAAGCCUCAGCCACCUCCAGAUGCAUUUCACACUUGUGAAGUGGCUGACCUGUACAAGAUACAGUGCGGUAGUCCUGGGCUCAGUCGUUUAGAAUGUGAGACCAUCAACUGCUGCUUUGAUGGACGCAUGUGCUAUUAUGGCAAAGCUGUGACUCUUCAGUGCACCAAGGACGCCCAGUUCAUCAUAGUGGUAGCCAGAGACGCCACCCUGCCCAGCAUUGAUUUGGAGACCAUUUCUUUCCCUGGAAAUGGUCCGGGCUGUGCCCCUGUCGGCACCACCUCCGCUUUUGCCAUCUACCAGUUUCCUGUCAAUGCCUGUGGCACUACUGUGACGGACGAGUCUGGCACUAUAAUAUAUGAGAACAGGAUAACCUCCUCAUUCGAAGUUGCUGUUGGACCCAAAGGAGCCAUUACCAGGGACACCUACUAUGAGCUACUUGUGCAGUGCAGAUACAUCGGCACCACAAUUGAAGCUCUGGUGGUUGAGGUUAGUAAGGUUCCUUCACCACUCCCAGUUGCAGCUCCUGGACCUCUGCGUGUGGAGCUCAGGCUGGGCAAUGGAGCGUGUAAUACCAAGGGUUGUCAUGAAGAUCUGGUGGCCUAUAGCUCCUUUUACAUGGAUGGAGACUAUCCUGUCUCAAAGGUGCUCAGGGAUCCUGUUUACGUUGAGGUCCAAAUGCUGGAGAGGACUGAUCCCAACCUUGUCUUAACUCUGGGAAGAUGCUGGGCAACUAGCAACCCCCACCCUCACAGUCUUCCUCAGUGGGACUUGCUGAUUGAUGGCUGCCCUUACCGUGAUGACCGUUACCUAACAAGACUGAUCCCUGUGGAUUCCUCAUCAGGACUCGCAUACCCAUCUCAUCACAGACGAUUUGUUUUCAAGAUGUUCACUUUUGUAGCCACAGGUGGACAGACUCCCAGCAAGAAAGUGCCUGAGGAGCCAGAGACUAUGAUUCCUCUCAGAGAACUGGUGUAUAUCCACUGUGACGCAGCUGUGUGCCAGCUUUCUCUUACAAAUAACUGUGAACCGAGAUGCGGCAGCAGAAAGAGGAGAGAGAUUGCUGGUUCAGUCCAGAAAAUUGUCAGACAAGAGACGACCUUGGUCAGCAGUGGUGGGAUUAGCAUCACUAGCCCAAGUACUGAGUAACAACAUCCAGACAAAACAUUCUUAUCAUGAAAUCUAUGUUCCUGAUGAUUGCUUAAAAAUCACUGAGCUUCAAGUAAACCUUCAACUUGC